AUGGGGACACAGGUGAGGCUGCCGCCCGGAGAGCCCUGCCGAGAAGGCUAUGUGCUAUCUUUGGUCUGUUCAAACUCCUCCCAGGCUUGGUGUGAAAUCACAAAUGUGUCAGAACAGCUGGCUUCUUCUGUCCUGUACAGUGACCUGAAUGCCAGCAUAACCAAUCUGAACAUUUCUGCAAAGGCUGAAAACAAAUACAGUCUUUAUGUGGGCCUGGUGCUGGCAGUAAGUUCCAGCAUUUUUAUUGGCUCCAGCUUCAUAUUGAAGAAGAAGGGUCUCUUACAACUGGCCAACAAGGGCUUUACUAGAGCUGGGCAAGGUGGACAUUCUUACCUCAAGGAAUGGCUCUGGUGGGCGGGGUUACUCUCAAUGGGAGCAGGAGAAGCUGCCAAUUUUGCAGCUUAUAGUUUUGCACCUGCCACCUUGGUCACCCCACUGGGUGCUCUGAGUGUGCUUAUAAGUGCGGUAUUGUCUUCCUAUUUUUUAAAUGAACACUUGAACAUUCAUGGGAAAAUAGGCUGCAUAUUGAGUAUACUGGGCUCAACUGUGAUGGUUAUCCAUGCCCCGAAAGAAGAAGAAGUUGCUUCCUUGCAUGAAAUGGAAAUGAAAUUGAGAGACCCAGGAUUUAUUUCCUUUGCUGUGAUCAUACUUGUGAUCUGCUUGGUGCUGAUUUUUAUUGUGGCUCCCAGGAAAGGACAGACCAAUAUAUUGGUCUACAUUUCAAUCUGUUCAUUGAUUGGAGCAUUUUCAGUUUCCUCUGUCAAAGGCCUGGGAAUUGCUAUUAAGGAACUAUUGGAAUGGAAGCCAGUUUACAAGCAUCCCCUCGUCUUUGUUUUACUGGCUGUACUUGUGCUUUCAGUGACAACACAGAUUAACUAUCUCAACAAAGCACUGGACACUUUUAAUACAUCUCUUGUGACUCCCAUUUAUUAUGUGUUCUUCACAUCCAUGGUAGUGACUUGCUCCGCCAUCUUAUUUCAAGAAUGGUAUGGAAUGAAAGCUGGAGAUAUCAUCGGAACCCUGAGUGGAUUCUUCACCAUUAUCAAUGGUAUCUUUCUUCUACAUGCUUUUAAAAACACUAACAUUACCUGGAGUGAGCUGACAUCCACUAAGAAAGAAGUGUUCUCUGUGAAUGGCAGUGAUGACAAGUAUGUCUUACUUGAGAACAUAGAAAAUUUCACCUCGGGAUAUGACGAUGAUGUCACCUUAUUUAGCAGGACUGACGAGCAAAGCCUCUAGAAACGCUGAACCUUAACCAAUGUGAGACAUUUGGAGAUGAGAAGGAAUAUCUGGUUCUUGGAAGAACUGUUAGAAUUAUUAAAACUUUUCAAAGUUUUAAUGAUUUCCAUUUGCGGCCAAAUAAAAAUGCCU